GGUCAAUCCGGCGAGUUCGUCCAGUAGAUUAGACGCAGUACGGCAAGGCUGGAGGCUCGCGCUGCAUCAUCUCUCCCAACCAGUGUCGGCGCACAGUGAGGGCGCGAUGGGCGAGAACUCCAAUAACAGCACGCAAAGCAUAGCCGACUACCUCGCGCAACUGCUCAAAGACAAGAAGCAACUGGCCGCUUUUCCCAACGUGUUUAUUCACUUGGAGAGACUGCUCGACGAAGAGAUCAGCAAGGUCCGGUCCUCCCUCUUCCAAAUCAAUGGCAUGAAGAAAGAGCCGCUGGUACUUCCCGACGGCAUAGGACCUCCUGUGAGCCGCUCUGAAAAGGUGUAUGUGCCUGUCAAAGAACACCCAGACUACAACUUUGUCGGGAGGAUUUUGGGUCCUCGAGGCAUGACUGCAAAGCAGCUGGAGCAGGAGACCGGCUGCAAGAUCAUGGUUCGUGGCAAGGGGUCCAUGAGGGACAAGAAAAAGGAGGAUCUGAACAGGGGCAAGCCCAACUGGGAGCACCUCAAUGACGAUCUUCACGUGCUCAUCACCGUGGAGGACUCUAACAACAGGGCGGACGUGAAGCUGCAGAGGGCAGUGGACGAAGUUCGCAAGCUGCUCGUACCAGUCACUGAAGGCGAAGACGAACUCAAGAAGCGGCAGCUGAUGGAACUGGCCAUCAUAAACGGAACCUACAGAGACAGCAGUGCCAAGGGAGCUGUACUACUGCGUGGUUUCAUGGGCUGUUUGUACCAUGGCGAGCCUGGUCUCUCCCACCCAGGUCUUGGUUUUGAGCACAACCCCUUUGCCAAAGCUGCAUUCAGUCCCACAGCGAUGGGGCUGGCACUGUCGGCAGCGGAUGCGCAGAGGUUGAUGGCUGCAGGGCCGCCUCCGCCUGUGGCGCUCACCUCGCCGCUGCGCGCCCAAUCUGCGCCGCUGGGGGCGCCACUGAUUUUGUCGCCCCGCGGCCUGCCCGUGGGACCCCCCAGCGCCCUCCUCAACGGCUCGGGACCGCCCCCGCCCCUGAUUGCGCCCGGAGAAGCCGGCCUGCUCUACGCGGCCUACCCAGACUACCACCAGUAUGCGGCGCUGACAUCUCCGCUGCUUGCCGAAUAUGCGCCGGAUCACUCCCCGGCCGGUGCUGCAGCAAAACAGAGGCGUCAUUUGACGAUGCGCGAACAUCCUUACCAGCGGAUUGGGUCUCUAUAGUAGAGCCUAACCCCAAGACUCCAUCCAUCCACCACAAUCUUCCGUCCGCCAAACGAAGACCACUAACCCCCCACCCACUGACCCCUUGGAAAAGCUCGGCUGUGCUCGGACUAACGCCGGCUGCGGUGGUAAAAAGCGGAACUUCUGUCCACUCCUUUCGAUUUUUUUUUGUCUGUGCUACGUAGUUCUUGUUGUUUCAAGUGCUCACACCUUGCUCUGUGUCGCUGUCUCUGACAGCGGAUGUUUCUCUCUUCUCUAAUGCUACUGGUGCAUUACUGCAUACACAAUUUUUUUUCUUGGCUAUUGUGUGUGUGUGUCAACGACUUCCCGAAGAAGUGGUCUUUUUUUCCUGUUGGAGGCCUUCGUCAGGGUUUAGAAAGACCCACUUGCAGCUAUGCCAAGGGCAGUGUUGGAUCUGAACAGUGGAUGCAGCUCGGCGGAACUCUUUAUACAAGGCCAGCGUGGUGGUGGGGGGGUUACACUUACAACAAUACUCUCAUUUUGACUGCAGGCACUGCUAGUAGUACAAGGAGGCUGGAGGGAGAGAUUGAGCAAUCCCCUCUUUAAGCUAUAGAAACUCCUGUGAUUUCUGAAAUGCAUAAGUCGAUUUUUUUUUUGUGGCUGCUAAAUUGGUUUUAAAGGACCAUGAGUUUUCUCUUGCUGAUGCUGGAGACGUGCCUUAGGUUUCGACAGCUAGUGGAAACUGAUUACUCUAUGCAUUUAUAGACUAGGUCUGUGAUCAUAGUUUCGAAGUGUAGACCAGCUGUAGGUGCAAUAACUGUUUUUGAGAAGCAAAAAGUCUCAGUGCCUUAAGACCAUUAUGCGGUCUACUGUCAUGUGAAAAAUAAUGCAGCUCAUGUCUUUAUUAUUUUUUUUUACUUUUCUAUGUUUAAUUGGAACUUUGAUAUACCCCCGUGUGUGUGUGUGCACAUCUGUAUGCGUCUGAAACAUCCAACUUUUCUUUAAGUGUUACACAAGAGGUGCUACUGCUUAUUCCUUGGACUUUUUUUUUCCCUCUUUACUGUACAAAAAGGUACACAAACACUACUACUUAAGUUAUUUCUGUACAUAAUUUGCCCUUUAUAUUUUACACCCAUGACUUGUGUCUAGAAACAUUUAUCCCCUUUUUUUUUAAAUUGUUAAUGUGUUCGUCCCAACAAAGGACGACUUGAGCGGCGAAAAAAAAGCUUGUUAGAAUGAGUGGUGUUUUUCAGGUUGUGAAGGUGAUGCCGAGGGCAGCUCUUUUUUUUUUUUCAUAAAUUGUGCUUUUGCAGGUUACCUUUCCAAACGUGCAGCUUGAAAAUAUUGGAGAACAGCACAGAGCUUGCACAUUAUGUUGCAGGUCUGCUAAAAUCUCAUUUGUGUUGAAGGCUGUAUAUGGCUAAUCCACAAGCUCUGGAAGCCUGUAUGUCUUGUGAAAGGAUCAGACACCCAGUCUACCAUCAGCCUCGAUGUGUAAAGCCAAAUUUUGUUGAUAGAUUGAUGGGGGCAUUUUUAAAGGUUCUUAUAUAGGGAACAGUUAAAAGGUUGGCUUGCCAUUUGGUGUGGCUUGUUUUGGUUUACCGGUGAUUUCACCGGACCCAAUUUAGGGACCUUGUAAGUGCCCUCGUUGCCAAGGCGUUAACUUGCACGUAGGACCAAAGUUUCGUCGGCUCACUAAUGGAAAAAUUGUUCUAAACUUUUUGGUCUUCUCUUCAGACUAAAUCGUUGCAUACCAGCAAUAAAGAAUUGAUAGUCAAGUGCGACUCCCUAGAAAGUUGGGAACAGAUUAGGUACAUCGGUUGCAACUAGUGGUUUAUAUCUGCAGUCGAAGCAUUGUUCAGUUUGACCUCAAAUACUUGUUCAGCGGCACCUUGUAUGACCACAACUCUUCAUUUCAUUGAGCAGUUGUGUUGCAAGGUUACUUAACUUUUUCUUUUGUUGUCACUCUUCGAAAGGUGACAUCCUCGGAGAUCUGAUUGAGAUUGUUUUCCUCAGUUUCUUUGUUUUCCUUCCAUCUUUACACACUGUCACAUUGCUCUAUUAUUUUUUUUUUUUUUUGCCAUUUACAGAUUUAUUUACUCCUAGCCUUUGUGCUAGCUUAAAGACUGAAUCUCACCGCCGCACAGUUUUUUUUUUUUUUCAAAGUUUUCUUGUACUUUGGGAUGUUUCCUUGGACCGUAUAGUGCAGUUCAGGUGCCAAGCUGAACAUGCAGUUGGACUUUGACUGCGUCCAGCUGGGCAACUUCCUAGUUCGGAAUUCUGACAGUGCCAAAGUUAGCAUUUUUUUUCUAUUCAGCGACUGAUCUUUGGGUUGGUGUAGCCAUCAUCCCAAAGAAACUACAUUUGUUCUUUUCUUGAGUUGUGGAAUCUGAUCCGUGCGAGCUGAACCAACAAAAUGUGCGAGUAGUACUGCCUCUUCAUUGACUGCAGUGUAUGGUUACAAGCUUAAUACUAGUGUUGCAUCUUACCACGAUAUAAUGUUUAAAUUUCAGCCCUUUGCUUUUGGUUUAGUUUUUGCCCAAUUUGUCCAAUCCAACCUGCAGUACCUAAAGCAAUCUGGCUUAGUAUGUUUCGUUCGCCGAAUUUCUGUUGCUGGUCAACUCAACAGCCGUUGAAUGCCAGCGAAAGUUGGCACUCACUUUACUUGUUGUGGUGGCAGUUUAGUUCUCGGGAGGCUUCAGCUCGCAUUGUUUCGGACAUUUAGUUUCAUAACUGUGCAUAAAAAUGUGCAAGUUUCUCUCCUUUGUAAAUUGCAAAUGCCCAUUAGCCUCGUUUCAUCAGCAAGCAAAUUGGUGUCGAUUUGACCUGAAUGUCAUGUACUUGGGUUUUCUUUCUCCUCCUAAUUGAAGAUAAAUACUUGACUGGGGAGGCUUCGUUCUGCUUUUAAAAUGGCCGUUCCAACAGUGCCCAACGAAGUUCUUUCCUUUGCAUGACAGCCAACAAAGCACGAAGUACAGCCUAACAGGUUAUAUGGAGAUGGAGUUGUACUUUUUCGACCAGUUUGCAGACUGAGCGGUCUUGUUUUUGAUGGUCCAACGUGCGUUCAUGAUUCUGUACUUAAUUUCAUUCUCACAGUAAUAAAGCGAGAAUUCUCAUUUUUUUUCCCC